UAUAAAAUAAAAUAGAUAAUUUUGAUAAAAAUUAUAAUCUAAUUACAAGCAACGCUUUAAUAUGGAUUCUGUUACUAACAGAAUAUAUGUAUAUACCUAGUUGAUCUAACUGACGUAACAUAGUGGCAAACAUACAAUAACCCUCAACAAAUUGAGGAUUAUCUUCGGCUGAUCUUUGUCGGAAGCCAUUUAAGCCAUUUAAGUCUGGAUUUGAAUGGAUUAAGAUUCCAUGAAUUUGAGUCACCGCAAUGCAUAUAAAGAUUCAAUAAUAUAGAGAAGCAAAGUAAAGUCAGGAACUGACACAUCAACAUGUUUAACAGAAGUAUUCAUUGGGAGGCAAGAAUUUUAUCAGCAGGACCACCACGAUUGCUUGGAUGGAAUGUUCCUGCAGAAGAAUUGGUUCAUAUACCAGAACAUUGGCUGAUCUAUCCUGAACCUAAUCCCUCCCUUCACUAUCUAUUGGCUAUUUUAUACAUACUCUUCACUUUUGUGGCAUUGCUUGGAAAUGGACUGGUUAUCUGGAUAUUUUGUUCAGCCAAAUCUCUAAGAACACCCUCAAAUUUGUUUGUGGUGAAUCUGGCAUUUUGUGAUUUCUUCAUGAUGCUCAAGGCACCCAUAUUUAUAUAUAAUUCCUUUAAUACCGGAUUUGCUACUGGCCAUUUAGGAUGUCAAAUAUUUGCCUUUAUUGGAUCGCUCAGUGGAAUUGGAGCUAGCAUGACAAACGCUGCCAUUGCAUAUGACAGAUACAGUGAUGAUCUCCUCAUUCAAUGCAAAUCUUUUUCCACCGAGCCAUUUCUUCAUAUUUGGAAAGAGAAAUAAGUCGCAAGGGGCCAAAUCUGGGGAAUAUGAUGGAUGUGAUUUUGUUUUUGAUCAAUUGUGAUCAAACGCGGCACUCAUCUUGCCGAUAGCUUUCUCAUGUCCAAAUGUUUAUGAAAGA